AUGGCUCAAGUACUUGCGCCAAUCUCCCAGACGACCUCCUCCAUUACAAUGCCCUAUACUCCCGACUCGUACCAGAAUGCGCCGUCGCAAUCCCACCCGCAGCGCCAGCACAUGCAGCGAAACUACAGCGGGCAGACGGGUGCCACUGGCUACAGAGGCACCUCUGCACCGAUAGCACCAUAUGCCUUCUCCAGUACACCCCAGCUGCGGCAGGACACCCGUUCUGUGUCGUCGCCGAACCCCCAGGCCGCCCAGCAGCAGCCCCCUAACCGACAGCAGGCUCGCCUCGGCCAUCCAUCCCACCCAUCGUCCUCGUCUGAUUCGACAGUGUCGACAUCCGGCUCUUCCAGCCGCUCGCUUGCACACGGCUCGAAGGAUGACAGCGAUAUCAAACCAAUUGGUGACUUCACUGGCAUCACGUUGUCGACCGCCAUCCCCGAUCUGUCCCUUUCCCUCGACGACGCCCCUGUGAAAGCCUCCCCUGGCCGCUAUAGGCGAGCCGCCGGGAGGACGGAUUCAUCUGCCAGCAUAUCGACCGGCGGCUCCACGCCAACAGCGACUCAACGCUCAUCGAUCGCCAGCACACCCACAAACUCGACUCACGACACGUCAGUUGGCGACGCCGAUCUGACACCAACCGGUAGGCCCGGGCACAACCGGGCGAACAGUGCGGAUAACACCCUUGUGCAAGUUCGCACUCAAGAUUCUGCGAAGCGUUACAGACGUCGCAGUUUCGCCGGUGUGGAGGGUAGCAACGGGGAGCCUAUCACUGCCACCCCCACCGGGCCUGCUUCAGCUCAAACUUCAGCGCCCACUACAGUGCGACCUGGGUCAAACUCGGGUCGACCUGGCAGCCGGCCAGCCUCGAGUCACAGUCAUCAAAGACAAGGCAGCGCCGGUAGCACACAAUCGAGCACAUCGAUGAAGGCAGCAAAUGCCGGAUCGGCUGCCGGUAAUGCUGCUGUAAAGGGCGCAGAGCCUGCACGACGAACUGCACCUUCUCCCUUGUCACAGCCAAUCUCCCCGCCCGAACAAUCGAAUCAGCAGAUUGGCAGCGAAGCCAUGAAGCACCUGGCAGCUGUUAACGAGAAGGACAAGGGGAUGAAGUCGCGUCUCAGAAGAGCCUUCUCUUUUGGCAGCGCCGCCGAGUUGAGACGUGCUUCUGCAGAGAAUUCCGUUGCAGCCGAACGUGCAAGACUGAGGAAAGACAGAUACCAGACUGAUGACGAUGCGGAGCAGGCCGCCAUCAUUGCGAAGCAGGAAGCUGCUGGCAUUGGUGCUGGUAUCUACUCUGGCCAGGGCGGAAUGGGCUCGAACGACAACCUUUCCAUUCAGUCAGCUGCUUCGUCUGCUUCUAUCAUGCUUCGAAAGAUGGGCAGUGGGAUGAAGAAGGGUACCAGGUCAAUCAAGGGACUGUUCAGGCCGAAAUCUGUCAUUGGCGUUCCAGCUGCUGAUGGGCCAAUCUCCAGACCCAGUGUUGGCCAGGUCUCAAUGGUCUCGGUCGAAGCCGAACGCCAGAAGGUCAACGUCAAUGCGCACGCACACGACCAGGUCCGUGGCGGUACCGGCUACCCCAGGCUCGAGCGCAACUCCAUUGAUGCUGGGCGUACGGCAGAGAUUGUCAACGCCGAUGGCUCCAUCGCCAAUGACAUGGCGAGGAAGAGCAUCCUUGGUGGAGACCGUGAGCGAGCCGAGAUCCUUUCGAACAUGAAGAAGGGCAUCUUGAAGCGCAACGGAACCAACUCAGACUCUGGAUCACCCACUAUGCGACCUCUUGAUGGACCAAACCCUACGUUUGCCACCAAUGCCCCAAUCACCCCUACACAUGAGAAGGGCAAAGCGAAUAGUGAUGACUAUUUCACGAAACCCCCGAAAAUCACGAACGGAAGCACGAGAAGUCUGCCGGUCACACCAGCGGCCGGGAGGAAUAUCUCAUUCAGCCCUCGCAUUCAAUUCCACGACGCAUGGUCACCCCAUGAUUACGACCGCCGAGGAGAUAUCGCGACUUGCAACAGGCUCACACCCAUGCUUGCGCAGCAAAUCAAAGAAGAGCUCAACUCUUUCAAAAUGGAAAUGGAAGUCCACGAGAUGUCGAAACCUCACACACAUUUCUUCUAA